UGCUUUACAUAGUUCAGUGUUCUAGCAGCUUUACGUUGCUUAUUCUACCCACGUCUGAAAAACACUACUCCCGCCUUCUCUUCCCAAAUAAACAAGCUGAUUAGCUCUGUAGUUUACGAUUCUUUAGACAAAACCCGAGGCAGGCAGAAAGCAAGUAAACACAGAUGUAGCCUCUAGUGACAGAGAGUGGCCUUCUCUCCCAUCAAGAAUAAGGUUGCAGGCCUUAUUCUUCUUAUCGACCGCGAUGAUUCUGCUCCGUCGACUGAAAAUAGUGUACUAUGUGUAAUACCCUGAACUUGGACAGAUUACAGAAAGAAGUUAUUUGUUUCCGUACUUUUUGUCUUAAUUAUAAAAAGUGCAGUAAUUUUAACAGAUGAGAAGAGAUUUUGAUGAUGUCGACGAAAGGCCAUUCAGCUCUGAACAAACUGUUGAACUUUGAGAAAAGACCAUGUUUUCAGUGUUCUUCAUUUAACCAGGGAUCAGCGUAACAGUUGGUUAGAUAUUCAUAAAACAAACUUGAUCUUUCAAUCCUCUAACAUUCCGAGACUCCUGGCAUGUACUCUGACAGUAAUGUAUCUUGGUUUUCCAACAUUACUGAAUUUAGUUUUGGAGUUUCCGGCUCUAUAGACAAAGCUUCCUAUUCAGUGUCAGAAGUUAUUUUAAUUGCUAUUGUAACUGGAAUUUUAAGCCUAGGCACUGUGGUGGGGAAUAUAAUGGUUAUGAUAUCUUUUAAAAUGGAUAAACAACUUCAGACCAUCAGUAAUUACUUUUUGCUUAGCCUAGCAAUUGCAGAUCUCUGGAUUGGACUCGUUUCCAUGCCCUUGUUCACCAUGUACACUCUGUUAGGCUUCUGGCCACUAGGAUCAAUGAUUUGUGAUACUUGGUUAGCUUUUGACUAUCUGAACAGCAAUGCUUCUGUUCUAAAUCUGCUAAUAAUUAGUUUUGACAGGUACUUUUCUGUUACACGACCUUUGACUUACCGAGCAAGAAGAACAACAAAACGUGCAGCUUUCAUGAUCGCUUGUGCUUGGGUUAUAUCUCUUGUCUUGUGGCCACCUUGGAUUUAUUCAUGGCCCUAUAUAGAAGGUCAGAGAAAAGUGCCAGAAGAUGAGUGUUUCAUUCAGUUUCUCGAGACCAACCUUUACAUCACCUUCGGUACAGCCAUUGCUGCUUUCUAUCUACCUGUAACUGUGAUGUGUGUACUUUACUGGCGAAUCUGGAAGGAAACAGAGCAGCGUAAAAAGGAUUUAACUCAUCUUCAAGCUGGACAAAAGGAUGUCAGAAGAAAAUCGUCAUCUAGCGACUACCCUGGAGAAGAAGAUGGAUGUCAACGAGCACGAAGUGACUCAUGCAUAGCUAUUAAAGCUAAUUAUGUUUCAACUUCUAUUUGUGUCGAGCCACCUAUCUACCCUCAAGAAAAAUCUCGCCCACAGAAUAUUAAAGAACUCUUGAUGACCUGGUGUAAGAUCGAUCGAGAUCCAGAUGGUCAAGAUGAGAACAGCACUAGUCACGAAUCACCGGGAACUGUUACACUUUCUUCUACAGAAACCCCAGUUCGAUCAUCACGUACUACAUCAUUAACAUUUCAGCCUUGCCAACAAGUUUUACGUUGUGGAGAUAGAGGAUUUACUCUUAUUGAUCAAAAUAGACCUCGCAGAUCUGAAAGUACGACUGCUUUAUCCGAUCUCCCGUCAUCACAUCGUUCCUUUUCAUCAGAAGCAAUCUAUAUCAUCCUCAUUCGACUCCCUACCCAGUCAUCUGUAGAAGGCGAGGGUGAGUCUAAGGCGUCCAUCAAGAUGAUUCUAGAAGAAGGUGAAAAGGCCAAAAUUAGCGCGCAACCAGUUCGUGCCUCUGAAAGCCUGGAAAUUCUAACCGCUCAGCGUCCAGCCAGUCUGGGAUUGAGACCAAACGCUUUGUGUGUCUCAGAAUCAGCACUUGAAACAAUUCGUUUCUCGCUAAACACGAAAAUUAUUCACAAACAAAUAGCAAAGCAUCGAGUGCCUAUGAAAAAACGAAAGCAACAAGAGAGAAAACAAGAAAAGAAAGCAGCUAAGACUUUAAGUUCUAUCUUACUGGCAUUCAUUGUAACAUGGACACCGUACAAUGUGCUAGUUUUAGUGAAAACUCUGUCUCCAUAUGCUGACAAUGAUUGUAUUCCAGAAGGUUUGUGGAACUUUGCUUAUUAUUUAUGUUACAUAAAUAGUACAAUUAAUCCAAUGUGUUAUGCUCUCUGUAACGCUAAUUUUAGAAGAACUUAUAUUCGUAUUUUAUCAUGUAAAUGAUAUAAUAAAAAGGAAAAUAUGACUAACAGGUGAUAAUUCCGUUGAAAUACGUAUCCUGACAUAGCUUGUUUAUAGAGUUAGUCAAUCAGAUUCUGUUUUUUUUCCUAUUGUUCAUUUUAUGGAAGUUCUUUAACUAGUGUUACUUGGCCCAAAUGAAAAUUGUCUGUUUAUGCAAUUUUCCAAAUAAUUAUAA